AUGUUUCACAUUAAAAUUAAGCUGUUUGUAGACUGACCUCACUGUGACUUACGGUGUUAGACACAAAGCCAACUAAGUAUUUUUAACUCGUUAAAGCUGAGACGCAAAUCCACAGUCUGUUGACAGGAAACGAAGAGAACGUCAGUAGCAUUAGCUAACGUUAGCCAGUGAGUAACCUAGCUAGGUAUGCUAGCCUAAAUGCUUAAUUAAUUUCGAAGAGACCUGCUGUGGGAUUACUUCCAUGUGUUCUGAAGUGCAGGCCUGGUACAAGGUUUAGUAGAUUGGAGAAAAUGGAUAAAAUCACAGAAGAGAUCAGUUGGCUAACUGAGAGAGAGCUUACCUCGCCACUCUCCCCCAAGCGACCAAGGAUGGAUUACACAAUGACAAACAACCACAGUGGGCAGAGCAGGUUUGACUUCCCAGAGCUUUUGACGUCUCAGAAAACCAUUGACUCCCCAUCAUCAACCAGUGCCUUGAUGAAGAAGGAACGUGAGAAUACUGAAGAUGAAAAACCUCAUGAGCAACUGCAAGACAGUAAAUUAAUUGUCACCUCUGUUACUAAGCUAAAUGCGUCACACAUUGACAGUGAAUGCACAGGAUCAUCUCAAGUCUGUUUUAUCGGUGCUGAGAGAUGCUUUCUACCUCUGGUGAAAGAUGAGCAGCCUCCAGUUACUGCAACUGAUGAACACAGCUCAUACCCAGUAGAUGAUGCAGGUGGGGCACUAGCAGAGUCUCACACUUCAAAAGAUGCCAGCGCUGACACGUCCAGUCACUCUGAUUGCAAACAGCCUGGAAAAUCACUUGAAGACAAGCCCCCUGUUGGUUACAGUCUUCCUGCUGGAAAUGAGGAGGAUUGGAGACAGGUGCAAAAUAAUGUCAGUCAAAUCGAACCAUUCAUCCUUAGUUCAGGUGAUGAGGGGGUCAGAUGUCAGUCUGAUUGCACUUAUGAAGAUGCGCUAUGUGGCACAGGUUUCUGCAAUACAUUCGGCCAAUCUGCAGAAGUUGAAGAGAGUAAUCAGAGAAAAGAGGAGGAUGGAUUUUGUGAGAAUACCCUUUUCAACAAGGAAGGGGGUAACAAUCUCAUAUGUUCCGCUGAUUAUGUAGAUUCUAAAUCAUUCCACUCAAACCCUGAAGAGCAACCCUCUGGGAACUUGGCAGAAGGUGUAAAAAAUGAUGAAUUGCAGAUUUGUGAAAAUGAAAAUGUUGCUGUCUGUGAUGGGGAAACAAAAGGCCAAGUCAAUGAGAAUGAGAUGAGCAAAAGCUUCAUCUCGUCUGCUGCUGAAUGUGUUGAGGGAUCAGUUGUUUUUCAUGAUGUGGUAUUAGCCAGAAAUAUUGCAAUGGAAAGUGGGAGUCUCAAAGCUGACGGCUUCUAUGGGGCAAAAGGAGAGCAUGCUGCUGGCAAGAUGAUAGCCACAGCUCCGAGUGAAACGGCUGAUCACACAACAGAGACUCUGAUGCCUGCAAGAAUCAGUCAAGUGCCUGCUGAAGGAGAUAAUGAUGCGAGCCCUUUCAGUGUAAUUGACCCUGCAAUGUGGAGUGAAACUGACAGGGAGGCUGAAGAGAACCACCGUAACUCAGAGAGCACUGCAGGUGUAGAAUUAUCUCCAUCAGUAAAAGUCUCCGAGAUGGAAACACCUCUGCCACUCUGUUCUGACGUCCGGCUAUCACAGGAGGUUUCAGUUCCCGACCAGACCGGACGGUUUAAUCACCAAAGCAAAACAGAGCAGUGCAAAGAUGAAAAAGAGGAGUCAUGGCAGUCACACACAGAGCCACAGGCUUGUUCCUUCACCACUAACGAAACACACAACAAGACUGGCAACAAAGGCAGCUGUCAUUGGAGAUCCAGUCUCAGCAGUAGUCCAUGCAGGCCAGCAAAGUCUUCUCCUGCAGGGGAUGGAAGACAAGAAAGCCAUGAUACUGUGGGACAUGAGUUGAAAGAGCAGGAUCAGUCUGGCUGCUUUCCUGUCAGUCCUAACCACCCGGAGACGCAGGAAGUUGAAUAUUUACAGACUGAAAUUGCCAGAAUGGCAGGGGCAACUGAGAUAAGAGAAAGAGAAGAAAUGACAAGUUCUGAAGAAGAAAUAGGAGCUGAUGAACAUGGGAAAUUAGAAAACUUGUCAGACUCAGAGGAAAAACUGCCACCACAAAAUCAAAAACACACCGAAGAUGCAGCUGAAAUAUCAACUGGUGAUUGUGACAAAUUAUCACAUAGAGAUGAUGAAUUGGAGAUUAACCUUGAAUGCUUGUCUGAUCACUCAUACAAUGCUGUUAUUUCAACAAAGGAAGGGACAACAGAUGAGAAGGAAAGAAAAGAAGAGGCAGGUGGUGAAGAAGAAAUGGAUGUGCAUGGUGACUCCGAGAUAUUAGUGAAAUCUGAGAAUGAUCGUCAGCCACAAAGUCAACAGAAAGAAGACAUGACUGAGGAAUCCAUCAGCGAAUGUUCAGAGGGCAACAUGUGUAGAAGUGGCCACAAAUCAACUCUACUAGGUCAACAUGAACAAGAAAACAAACUCAGUUGUUUCUCCGAUUGCCACCACAGAGCUGAGACAUUCAUGGCUGAAAAUAAAGAUGACCUUUUGGCUGUCACGUUUCCCCCAACAAGUGAUGCAGUUGUGCCUGGCCCACAUGAAUUACUCCAUUCACAAAAUGCUGACAAACCCACAGCCCUUAACUGUAAUGACAGAUUUUCCCCAGUGCCAUCUGCCUUCACUUUUAACAACAGUGUGCCGAGGGGGUUUGACACGUUUGAAAGGAUCCAGCUCACACUAGAUGAUGAUGAUGCUGGCCUUAGCAACAGCCCUCUCCUCACCAGCCUGCCUGGGCAGCUUUUGAAAUCACCCCAGCGACAAGUUUACGACUGCAUGCCAGAGACAGAGAGCAGUGAGCACAACAAGGUACCAGAAGAGGAGGAUGAAGAGGAGGUAGAAAGAUUUGAGUGUCACAUUGAGAACAUGGCUAAGGGAUUUCUAAGCAGCGAUACCAGUUGUAAUGAACUCCCCAACUUUAUCUCAGCAGCAAAUGUCCUUGCUCUUGGACAGCCAGAGCCACAGCCUAACUGUGAAUCAGCUUAUAAUUCUUCUGAGUGCUUCCAGGGUAACUUAAACCCAAAGUCGAUGUCCUCCACUGUUUCCUCUAAGAGCAACGGACCAGCCUCUGAUGUGAACGACAGCCCCGAGUUUGAGAUGAAAAAACAAUUUGACAUGGUCUUGAAAGAGCUGAACUUGUUUUUUGAAAUCAGUAGAAAUGAUUUUGCAAGCGACAGUCGAGCAUCGUCACCUGAGCGAUUUAGUAGUACAACUGAAGCUUUGGAGGGCAACACUACAAACUGCAAAGAACAUUUCAGCAGCCUGGAAGUGGGACGCCCAUCAUCAGAUGCCAAUGAAGACCACAGCCUGGAAAUGUGUGGAGGUGAUCCAGUGGUUUCUUUCACUUCUGGCAGCGGUGACGGCGAGCAGGAGGUGCCCCUUGGCAGCCAGCUGUGCCAAGAAACAUCCAUGUACACUGCAGAGGAACAACACAAAGAACCCCGGGAGAUGGAUCAGAAGAGGAAAAUGUGGUCUCCGUCCUUUGCAUGUCAACCAUUCUUGGAACACCUGAGCCUCAGACAGCUGGAGCAACCCAGGAGACUGGAGCCUCUGAGGACAUGCACACGACCGAUCCGGGUUGGACUCUCAAAGAGAGCUAAGACCAAACACCUACACCGCCCCCACCCAUACAGAUGAACAUCAGAAAUGCAGUGAAGGUGACAGGCAGGAGUGUUAAUGAAGCUUUUCUUUGUUGCCAUGUUAUUUUCUGAUUCACAGUAUACGGCUAAUGCUUCUCUUGUGCUAAAAACUCUUGGUUUUUGGCAAGUGGUUGUGGUUCCUGUACAUUUUUACUGCCCCUUUAUCGAGGGAAGGCUGAAUCCACAAAUUCAAUGCCCUGUCGCAUUUACAAAUUUACAUGCAUCCUCUCAUUUGGGGUUCCCAUAAAAUCACAGCCUGCUGCAGCAGCUAGGGAGUAAAUGCCUUGCUAAAGAACACCCUGACAGUAUUUAUUAACAAAUGAAAACCUGCUUCCUGGCCACUUGUUCCCCGCUGGAAAGAUAUUCUAGUUUUAAGAAUAUCAUCCCCAGUAUUUAUGUUUCUAUCUAUUUAUAUAUUUAUUCAUUCAUUUGCAUUUGGGUUUUAAAAAUGUUUACAUCCUUGUUGGUCUUAUUUAUAUACUACUGAAAAGUUAAUAUUUAUAUGAACGAGUUUUAAACAUUGCUGCAUAAAUAUAUUGUUUAAAAUACAUCCACUUCUUAUAAGUUUGUUACAUGUAAUUGGUUCGAUGUGUUUCACUGUAGGUGUAUUAAUACAGUGCGCUGCUUGUUCCUGUUAUAUGUGGGUGUAUUCAGUCAGGGUAAAUGAGCUGAGUAUGCUCUGUUACUGCUGUGCUCUGUUUUUACCAUUAAAUGGGUUCACGUGUACUGUAUGCAACAUAUCCUUGAGCAGUUCUG